AUGUGGGCUGUUGUUACGUUCGUCACUCUGCUUGCCACUGGCCUGGCCGCACCGCUUGAGAAGCGUGCGAGCCGCACUUCUCCGCCAUCAGGCUGUCUGUCUGUAGGCAGCGGCUACACGUACUCGACCAUCCAAGCCGCCGUCAAUGCUCUCUCACAGUCUUCGACCUCUUCUCAAUGCAGUAUGGGAACCUACAAGGAGCAGGUUUCCAUCAACUCCCUGAAGGGGCCCUUGAUCCUCUAUGGCUACACAGCCGACACUUCUAGCUACGCCGGAAACAAGGUCACUAUCACCUACAACUUGAGCCAGGCAAGCGGCCAGACCAACGAUGGUUCAGCUACGCUUCGGGCCGAAAUUGGAAAUCUCAAAGUGUACAACAUGAACAUUGUCAACAGCUACGGCAAAGGCUCUCAGGCCGUAGCCGUCAGUGCUCAGGGUGACAAGACGGGUUUUUACGGAGUCUCUUUCAAAGGCUUUCAGGACACCCUCCUCGCCCAAAACGGGGCCCAAGUCUACGCCAAAUGCUACAUCGAAGGUGCAACCGACUUCAUCUUCGGUCAGAAGGCUGCUGCUUGGUUCGAUGGCGUCGACAUCAGAGUCCUAAGCGGCGGCUACUACAUCACCGCUAACGGCCGCGACUCGUCCUCCAACCCAUCCUACUACGUCAUCAACAAGUCGACCGUCGCUGCUGCCUCGGGCCAGUCUGUUGCCGCAGGAUCGUUCUAUCUCGGCCGCCCAUGGCGCGACUAUGCUCGUGUGGUGUUCCAGAACACCAGUCUCAGCAAUGUCAUCAACGCUGCCGGCUGGCACAUUUGGGGAACCGACUCGCCGAACACGGAUCACGUCGAGUACGGCGAGUAUGGCAACACGGGUGCUGGUGCGUCGGGGACGAGGGCGAGCUUCGCGAAGAAGCUGUCGAGUGCUGUUGGCAUUUCGACUGUGUUGGGCAGCUCGUACCCGUCUUGGGUUGACACCAGCUACCUCUCUUAA